AACUUUCCCGAGUGUGGUUUUAUUCAAAUGACAACUAAAUAAAAACUAAACUGAACGUCAGCAAUAGCCAACUGUCCUUGGAAAAUGAAAUUUUAAAGAAACUUCUCACUCGGGCAGGAACUAGCUAAUAUUUAACUAUCCUUGCAUUAUCGGAUUCGUUCAUUUCUUUCUUCAACCCUUUCAAGGCAGCUUUAGGUCGUUCUUGGAAGCAUUUACCGAGGGAAUUAGUGCGUGCGUGACAUCACCUCUUCGGCUGGCGCACGCCCAAUGUAGCCCGAAAAUCGCUCCUAGCCAAUCCCCGCUAAGAACGCUCGAACAACACGACAUUUGCCGCCAGAGCACGAGCGCCACUCUGCCGGCACGCCGAAGACUUCAGUCAAUACUGAAGCUUCAAUGGGCGAGUCGACUAAUAGCAGGAAGGGGGUGUACAGUGUAGGGCGAGACGAAAAAAAAACCAAGAGCGAACCGGUUCCUUCUUCCUAAAACUUCGUAAAACUGAACCUCCCACUAUCGGAGGACAGGCAGUAGUCGCCCGUGUCGCGCACCGGAUACGAGAUAGCGUGCGGAACCCGUUAUUGGCAGACAGCAGCAGGCUAACUGCACCAGAAGAGAAGGAGUGGCAACAAGCUGUAGUCGUCAUUGUGUGAGUUGUGUUUUAACGUGAAAGUUUGUAGUUGUUUUUCUCGGUGUUUAUCUUCGACUUGUUUUCAUCAAUUUCCAUGUUACAGACAUCGAACUGACUGUAGACCUUAGUUUUUCCCUUCAUCCGCUGCGAACUGGUACAACAUGGUAAAAAUGACAAGAGUCCAGUGAUGCAAAACUAAAAUGUCCAUAGAAACUUCACAACUUUCCAAUAUUUGUGCUUCUUCGCCGGCCGACUCGGUGGGGUAACGCUACGGUUGUUAUUAAGAGGAUGGAAAGUCGGUCCGACUUCUCGCUCGAACGAUCACGGCUGUUGGGCGGCGCGGGACUUCACGCAGCCCAUGGCUUUCCCGUAGAUGCUCCAUCGCCGCACCCGACUCCUCUACGAGCCGCAUUUCUUGAUAUGAAUCGAACGGGCGCAGCUACAGACCCAGCGUCUCUCUCAGCGUACCACAGUCGUUUUCUCCAGGCCACUCUGCCAUUAGGCAACAAUGGGACCAGUUAUUCUUACCUGAGUGGCAUAUACAGCAGUAAUUUUCCUUCUCAGUCCACCUCAACAUUCAGAGCGCCACCUACAGGAAUAAUAAUGAGGCAGUUUUGGCCCCCUACACCCCCACCAGAUAAUUAUAGCAGGUAUGCCAUGGGUAGUAGCCUCUACACAAUGUUCCCACCUCUUGUCCCAUCUACAGACCCUAACCCUUACUCCAGUCAAGGUUACAUUUCUCGGUUGGGUCAAUCCCCUGCACACUACAGUUCCCUUCUAGAAGCUACACACAAAGAACCCACGUACUUAUCUCCAGGUUUAGCUCUUGCUUCUCCUCUAACACUGACCAAUCAUGUGGGUCACACUACUCCCGUACCUUCUCUUACUCCGGCUCUUGACCGCCAUCCAGGAUUCAGUCACCUGGGGCUAGGGAUGAAAGGGUUGGAAGUUGGGAGGCGCUCUCUGAUGGUGGAGGAUGAUUUCCGAAGGGUUGAACGAGGAGCAGAAGAACUUGAGGGAUUCCUGAAGCGAGAAUCAUCAAGUAUUAGUUGUCAUCACAAUGCUGAACGAGCAAGACUUGGUCUAACUGGUUUAGACUCUCAUGUAAGAGCUGUUGAAAAACAAUCCAAUUCAUCCACUAUUCUUGGGUCACGGGAAAAAUUACCUGAGAGCAGGAAUAAACAACGUGAGGAAAGACUCAAAGAAAGACAACAAUGCUCUGAACCAGAAACACAUCAUUUGGAAGGUAGGCUGGCAAAUGGAAACAUACCACAAGUUAAAGGAGCUAAACCCAGCAAAUCUCGAAGUGUAACAUUAAGGAGUGAAGCUGAUAAAAUUAGCAAGGAAAAGAAAUGUUCUUGGUGCUCAGCAAGUUUAAAUGACAAUACAGAAGUUGUUGAAAACCCUCACUGCAUAACAAAACAAGUAACUAAGAUAAAAAGCACAAAUCGUCAGGAGUUUAGGGAAGAACCUGUGUCUGUUGCCCAGAGAAUAGUUUCUGCCUCAUGUGUCACUACAGCUCUUGGCACAUCUAGUGACACUGUAGCAACCACAACAGUGACAUUCACAGGACACCGUGCAACAUCAUCUCUGGCUACUUCAGACAAACCUCCACAUCAAGGGGCAGCAAACACUACUGUUGUGUCUUCACCAUGCCAUGUGACCAUCACACCACAUGUUACAACGUUGCCCCUACCUUGUUCAGUGCCUGUUGACAAUUUAAGGUUAUCAAUAAACUCUUCACAGAUGAAAGAAAAAGCAAGGGUUACUAGCCUUCCAAGUAAUAAUCAAAGUCAUGUUUCUCAAACUGCACAAUCCCAAAGCAAGCCAGAGUCUGAAAAUGACACAUUGAGUCUAUCAAACAGCCAGGAAAAUCAGAUAGCAGACUUAACACAUCAGUGUUAUGAAACAGUUCAGAUAGUCCAUCCACAAGUUCGUGAAGGUCGAAGUGGGCAGAAUAGCUCACUGUCUAGUCAGAAAAGCAAACUAACAGCUGCUGAAGUCAAACAAAAAUCUCUGGUAGACCCAUUGAGUAGGUCUUGUUCUGUGGCUUUGUCCUCAGAAGCUACUUCAUAUUCAUUGACGAGUGAAAAUUCCCCAAUAGUAACAAGUGAACAGAAGAACCACAAAUCUUCUGUCUUACCAACUGGAAUUCACAUAAAGCAAGAAAGGAUGGAUGGGGAGGAGUACUGUUCAAUGAAUAAAUUGUACAGUUAUUGUGGAAAUUCAAGUGCACUAAGAAAUGACAUGACCGAAGAAGACCAUGGUGUCAUCAACUUAAGUAUCCCACGCCGAGUACCUAAACAGGAACCGUCAGACUUUGCCUUACCUUGCCAAAUGUUAUCAGAAUCUAUGCCAAGGAUUGGAUUAUCUCCAGAAAAUGUUCAGCCGGACUUUGUGUCAUCUCAUAGCCUCACAGCAUUAGCAAACAUUGCUAGUGGGUCUUCAUCUGUGACAAAAUCACCACUACAAAAAAAUGAUUUGGUUCAUGUGACCAACCAGACAGGAGAAAAACCAAAACCUACUGGAAAGAUCCAACAAUCCAUGGUAUCAUUAAGAUUUCAGUUGGCGAGUAACCCAGAAGUCACUUCUGCCUUCUCUCAGGUGACAACAUCUUUAUCUGCUUCCCAGACACCAGUCUCCUGUAAUGUCCAGUCAAUGCCAUCCAGCCAAACUGGCUCAACAAGCCAACAAGCUGUGCCUAUUUCUUCCAAAGGAUCUAAUUUUUUUGAUGCCAUUACAACUGUUGGAAGUAUUACACACCACCAUAGAAUAUCCUCUACAAAAUCUUGUACUUCUGUGGCUGGAUCUAUUUCUUUGCCACCUUCUACUGGUGUUUGCCCAUCUGUUAGUUCUUGUCCAUCUACCUGUAGUUCCACAACGUCAUCCUUUCCUUCCACUGUGAACUCGAAUAUCCCAGUUGGAAUAGCAGUGGCUCAACAGAGACAGGUUCUUACAACAACUUCAGGCAUUAAAGGUGGACCACCGUUUUUACCAAAUACUAGUCGAAACAGAUCAUUAGUUGUUUCUUCUACAUCAGCUGGAAAUUCAGAUAAUUAUGUUCCAGAAAAAGAAGGGUUCCUCCAGGGGUCAAAAGAGCUGUCUUCGGGCCCAGACAUACAGCAACAUUCUACUGAACUAAACUUGAAUAAUACUACCACGUGUAUAUUGGGUCAAGAUGUAAAUCCACCAGUUACCCACUGGGAACAGGACUCUAUUGUGCACACUCCAUUACCACAACAAUGGGUUACCCCAAGCCCUGUGGUGGGGCCUACAGUAUGGCUUAGUCAGAAUAUGUACAAUCCCACUCCAGCUCCACAGCCCCCACCUCCAACUGCUGUACCUUAUCCUGUAGACCCGUCUCAUGUUCCCAUACCACCUGGUGGAUAUCAAGUUUACAGAGAUCCACUUACUAAUCAGAUUUUUCUUCUACCAACAACAAACAUCGAAAUUGUAGAUCGAGCUGGUAUUUGGACAGAUUACACAGCUCCCCCUUGUGGCACACCAGUACAGCAGGUAUUUGCAACUCAACCACAAGCCCCACCAUUCCAAUCUCAAGUCAUGCAAGAGGAAAACCAGCUGAAACAUCAGACAGCUCAAAGCCAAAAUCUGUCUGUGUCCAACAACUGCUUUUCCACAAGAGAGGACUCGGAAGGGGAGGAGAGAGAUGAAUCAACAAAAAAUGUCUACCAAGAUGAACACAUUAAGGAUAAGACAGAAGAAAAAUUAUGCAGUGACGCCUCUCAACCUCUUGGUUCCUGCUCAACAGUUCCUUACCCAGCAUUCCCUCAGCCUAGUGCUCCAGCUGCUCUUUCAUAUUUUUAUGAAGCCUCCACUAUCGUUCAUCUUACCCAAACCCAGUCAACAACUGCCAUACAGACUGAGCCAGGAAAGCGUUCGCAGGGAACUUCUCCAAUGAAUCCUGUUACCCCAUCACCUCCUAUACCGUCAGAUUCUGAUCAAGGUGUCCAAGCAUCAUGUGAUGAUGGAGAAGACAGUGGAGAGAAUGAUGAAGAUGGAGAGGAAGAAGUUAGUCAAGAUACAAACGAAGUGGAACAACAUAGUCAUACUAUCAGUGUUACAGCAGCAAUCCAAGUAGAUAUGGAUUGUCAGACAAAUUCAGAUGAUACUGAUGUAGAAGAACGUGCUGUGGAGGUCAUUGAUUCUGCUAACCAAACCGACAGUCUUUUAAUGGGUGUAGUCAAGGAUUGUUCUACGAGUGGUGAAGAUGAAUCAUGUGAUAUCCCUCGGACUGCGACACCUUCUCUUACAGAAAUUGCUUCUGUUGCUGAUAACGAUGAUUCAGAAAGUCAAUUAGUCCAGAAACCUGUUUCUAUUGAUGCUGAGAUUUUUGAAGGAGACUCUACACCAGUGCUAUCAGCAGAAAGCCAACCAGUAAUGGAUUUCAUUGAUCACCAUGGAUUAAACCUCUUGGUCGAUAGCAUUGAAGAGUUUGCUUCACGUGUACAAGAAGAGAAUAAUACAGAGAUGGGCAGGCUACAGAUAGACAGUUCAGGUGAUGACUAUAGUACAGUAGGAGGAGAAGCUGGGAAUAUAAAUGUUAUAGUCAAUGACAAUGUGAAGCCAACAAGGGAUUCUGUGUAUUCAAACUCAGACUCUUUGUCAAGAAACAUUGACCCAUCUUGUACUGAUGGUUUAGGAUUGCUCUGUGCUCUCGCAGAACAAAGAUUUUUGGAAGAGUCUAUGAGUUCACAGGUCCCAGAGACAGGGUUGAACUUGAGUUUAAAACAUGAACAGGGAGAUGACAUUGACCAAACUUAUGAAGAAUCCAAUAAACAUAACAAGAGUCAUAACUCUAAAAGCCCUUCACAAGUGUAUGCUUUCAGCAGCAACUCAUCGUCACCAUUUUAUACUUUAGGCAGUCCAUUACAUGCUGGCAACAUUCCCGAAACAAUGGAUGCUGCUGAAUUGGAGAUGAAGCUACAGUUAGCAGAAUUGCAAAAGAAGUACAAAUUAAAACAAAGAGAACUGGCCAAACUACAACCAAAAAAAGAAAAAGAAGAACCAGAAUUAUUUCCUAUUAAAAGACGACCAGGACGUCCACGGAAAAGACAAUUCAUGCUACUAAAACCAAAGAACUUAAAGACCUCUCCCAUAUCUUUUGGAGAUAGCUCUUCUGAAUAUGUUCCAGAACUUUAUUCCUCAACACCAGCUGCUCUUUCUGUCCAACCAUCCACCUUUCCUGAGUCCAUUAUACCUGAUGUACUUCCUUCUACAGAGACUUCUUUUGAACCAUCAGAGCCACUUAGGAAGAAGAAAAAGAAACAUUCUGCCUUAAGAAACAGAACUAGUGUAGAAAGAAGUCAGACAGCAAAAAAGUCCAAGCAAAACAAACUGUCUACAAAGGGUCGCUCUAGCGAACUGAUUAUGAAAAAGAAAGCAAACACCAAAGUGAAAAAAUCAAAUUUGAAAUUACAAAUGGGAAAAGUAUCUGAAACAUUUUCUGAACAUCAGACAGAAAAGACCCAGUUAUCACCCACAAGCCAAGAAGAACAUAACCUUGUAAAUGAUUGUAGAGUCCCUAACCUUGUAACUGAUUGUAGAUCCCUCAAGACAGAUGAAACCUUGGAAAAUAUAGGUGCUUCGACACCAGAUGACACUGCUACUAAAUCACUGAAACAAAAGAAUAAAACUGAAACAAAAACUACAGAGAGUGAACCAGGAAAAGAAGACUUUUCGAAACAGAGAACAGAGUCACCCAGUAACAAGCAAGGAUCUUUUAAGCUACAAUCAUCAAAAGUAAAAAAGAAUCAAAAUAAAAGAUCGAUCGAAAAUAAGAAUCCAUUUCUUAUGUCAAAACAGGAAUCUUUAUCAAGUGAUUCAAAUGUUACAGAAGAUCCACAUGAACAAUUUGUGGCACAAGUAAACAUUUCCCCUACCACACCUGAAAAAGACACCAAAAGGAAGUUGGAGCUAGGUGAGAGUGAAUGUAACACUUCUGAUACAGAGGUCUCUUCAGCCAAAAAACGAAAGCCUGGCAGGCCCAAGAAACAUUCUUUAUCUAAAUCAGAUGAGGCGACAGAAACCAUUGUUCCCAAACAACCAAAGAAGCUAGCUUUUCUGAAGGCUGAAGCAAAGAGAGUUAAAAAUUCACUAAGUAGAACAAAGAACUGUGUUGAAUUAGAAUCGGUAACAUCAUUCUUUGAGGAAGAUAUCUGGUUUCGUCGCCGCAGUGAGAGAAUUUUUCUUCAUGAUGCUGGAGUUGUUCCUGGAGCCAUUUCUCUCUGGCAAGGAGAAAGUUUAAAUACUUCAGUUGCAAAUGACAAGAACUUAUCAACAACUGAAACCAAAAAAUCUGAGGCACAAACAGAAAGCAAGUCUGAAACAACAUCAAAAAUUCAUAGAAACAUUAACAAAUCUGGAGAGGUUUCUCAUAAGAAGAAAACAAAGAUUAGAAAAGAUCCAGAGUCAACAAGCAAAAAACUUAAAACUAAAACAAAGGAGUCAAAGAGACAGCAAACAAAGGAAAAGUUGGUUCCGGAUGAACUGUUUGCUGCUUUAAAGAAGUGUCGGCUUAGUGAAAGUAACCAAGGAGGGGUAACUCCUCGUCAUUCAACGGAUCAGGAAAAUGCUGAAAGUAGUGAAGGCGAUAAUCUUCCUUUGAGUGUUUUGAUUGAGAAAACAUCUAAUCCAGUAAUAAGAUCCUGCAUCCUGCAACCAGAAGAGCUAGAUGAUCAGCUUCGAGUUUUAACAAUGGAUAACGGACUAUUUUAUGCAGGAACCAUUAAAGCUAUUCGUGCUCCUGAUGUAUAUGGUAUAACCAGAGAUGGAGAACGAGGUAACAGACCUCACAUUUAUUCCCGGGAGGAAAUUUUAAAUGAAGCUAUUGUUGAGGUGAAGCCAAAUUCCCUAAAUAACCUACCAGAGGGUCAGAGGGUCUGUGCAUUCUGGAGUCAGCAAUAUCGAUGCAUGUAUCCUGGAACUGUAGCUAAAUCAUCCAGUCCAAACUGUGAUUCGGAUCAAGACACGGUGUACGUAGAAUUUGAUGAUGGAGAUUCUGGCCGAAUACCUUUGAAAGACAUAUGUAUGCUUCCACCAGAUUAUCCAAUCGUGUGUAAGUUUACAACAGUUGAUUCCAAUCCUCUAAUGCUGCUUGGAAAACGUAGACAGCACAGACUUUCAGGGGAAAGUGUCACAGACAGUUCGGUUAAUGCAUUGGCUCCCAGUGGAGAAAAAGUUAAAACAAAAAAGAAUAAAAAUAAAUCAAAGUCAGGAAAAAAAAAAAGUUGCAGCUCACGAGGCCAGAAUACCCAAGACCAUUCACAAUUAAAUGAUGUAUUUCAUUCAGAAAAUAUCUCGUCGUUGUCAUCUGUCAUCAGUACAGUUGAAUCACAAAGUACACUCUACACUGUAGAUACACUUUCCAUUACAGCAACAAGAAGCAUGAAAUCUUCUUCAGGGAAGGAAAAGGAGAAAAACUCCCAGAAAAAGAAAUCAAAGAAAAGCAAAAGUGAAUCCAAGAGCAAAGUAAAAGAUAAAUCAAGAGAAAAGGAAUCACAUCACAUUGGCAGUUCAUCCGAAGCAAGUGUGUGUGGUCCUCCGUCACUAAAAUCAAGAAAGCACAAAAAACAUAAAGAUGAUCAUAAACGUCGGCAUCGCCACCAUCAUCACCAUUGUCAUCAUCAUCACCAUCAUAAAAAACACAAGCACGAAAAACGAAGCCACCCAAGCAGCCCUGAACAUUCCCAUUCUCCAUCCUCAUCGAGCAGCGAUGCCAAUACACCAAAUGUUAUACCAACAACUGUUGAACAGAGCACUAAAAGUGGAGAAGAAAGAACUCAAAAAUCACCACAAGCAGAAACACCCAGCUCUAGUACAGAAAAUAAGAAGUCACAGCUGAUGGUGAAGAUAAGAACGAAUUCCACAGACAUUUCUCAAGAAGACAAGAAAGAAAAGAAUGAGAAGGAAACAAACAAAAAUGCUGAUCCAGAAUCUUCCUCAGUUAGUAGCAGUGAUAGCUCAGAGAGUUUAAACAUUACUGAUGAGGAAGAGACAACAAAAACACUUUGUGCCAUUGAAGAGAAAUCUCAGAAUAAGAAAGUGAAGACUAAGAAAUCCAAUGAAAAGAAAAAGCGAAAAGAUCGUCUCCCCUCAGUUGAAAAAAGUAAAAUAGCAGCCUUUCUCCCAGCUCAGCAACUCUGGCGGUGGGCUGGGAAAAGUUUCCGACGAGCCAACACUAAAGGAAAGGCAAAGAAAGAGUUUUUCAAGGCCAUCACCAGGGGGAAAGAGACAAUAAAGGUUGGCGACUGUGCUGUAUUCCUGUCCACAGGAAGACCCCAUCUACCAUAUAUUGGAAGAAUCGAGACCAUGUGGCAGUCGUGGGGAGGCAACAUGGUGGUGAAGGUGAAAUGGUUUUAUCACCCAGAAGAAACAAAAAGAGGAAGUCAGCUUCUCGAGCCAAAGGGUGCACUGUUUCAGUCACCACACAUGGAUGAAAACGAUGUACAGACCAUAUCCCACAGGUGUGAACUUCUAUCUUGGACAGAGUACAAAGCCAGGAGGAUUGCAGAAACAUCAAAUGAAAAUUUCCGGUAUGGCUCAAUAUUUGACAACAAUGAUAUCUACUAUCUAGCUGGAAGCUAUGAUCCCCUUACUUCAGUGCUGAGCCUAGAGGAGGGGGUGUCCUAAGGUAUUUUGUUACCAGUGAAGAUCUCUACAAAAGAAGUGUGUGGUAUUGUUAAAAUAUCGCUCACCAGUACUUUACUUUUUAUUAUCCAUCUUCAUAAAACACAUGCUAUCUUCAGAAGGAGCAAACACUGUACAUAGAACUGUAAAUAAGUGUGUUUUAGUUAAAGUGAUAUAACUUGCUUUUCACUAAUUUAUCAUUUCAGGUU